AACGCUUCAACUCUCCGAGCAGCUGGUGCAGAGCAGCAGACAUUUCUCUGCUGAGUUCCUCUCACAGAUCGGGCUGUUAAGACAUACAGGCUGGAGAGAGGCCUGGGGUCCGGGCUGCUGAGGAAGCUUUCUUCCAGGAAGUCUAAUCAGCGUAACCAGCGUCCUCAACCACAAGAGGCUAAUGAAAUGGGGGGAAGUGGAGAUGACAGCGGUUCGUCGAGGCUGAGCCGUACAUUCUCUCGUCUGAGCAGACAUCAGUCCCGGGACCCUCCGAGACCUCCAGUUCAGCCGGAGAGACUUCCUGCUCAGCAAGAUGACAGGCCACCUCCUCCACCAGACCCUGAACCAGCUCCUGCUCCUCUACCUACACCUGUUGCAACACCACCUAAACGUCCAGAUAAAGCCACAAAGCCCAAACUUCCCCCCAGACCGCUGUCCAAGGUGUUCAGCAGCAAUGAGCACGGAUCUGCUGUGUUGCAGGGCUUUGAUGCUUUUCGGGCUGAUGAGACACUCUGUGAUGUCGUCUUGGUCCCUGGAGACAGCACAGACACGUUCCCCGUGCACAGAGUCAUCAUGGCUUCAUCCAGUGACUAUUUCAAGGCGAUGUUUACAGGAGGCAUGAGGGAGCAGGAGAUGAGAGAGAUCAAGCUGCAUGGAGUCACUAAGUUGGGCUUAAAGAACAUUAUAGACUUCAUUUACACAUCCACCGUCAACCUCGACAUGGUUAAUCUCCAGGAGACGCUGGAGGCGGCAAACUUCUUGCAGGUCAUGCCCGUCCUGAGCUUCUGUAAUCAGCUACUGAGCAGCGAGAUCACUAUUGAUAACUGUGGGGAGGUGGAGCGCAUCGCCACAGACCUGCUUCUGAAGGACCUCCAGCUGAAUAUAGGUGAAUUUGUGCGACAGAACCUCUCAGCGUUGGUAGAGUGCGGCCGCUACCUCCAGCUAUCUGAAACCAGCAUGGCCAACGCUCUGUCCAAAAACUCCCUGCAGGGUUUCUCUGAGUUGGAGCUUUACCACAUCGCCAAAGGAUGGUUGGAGUAUGACUACCCCAACCGCCGCUCCUCUGUCUACGGCUUGAUGCGCCACAUUCGCUUCCCACUGAUGAGCCCCAGCGAUCUGAUUCAGAUCUCCCAGGACGAUGAAGAAGGAGCAGAGUCCAUGAUGCGCUCGGACACGGCCUGUGUGAACCUGCUGCUGGAGGCCAGCAACUACCAGAUGAUGCCUUUCAUGCAACCAGCCCUGCAGACCGAGCGGACUCAGAUACGUUCAGACGACACACACAUCCUGGCACUCGGAGGUGUGAUGCGACAACAGCUGGUGGUGAGCCGGGAGCUGAGGCUGUAUGACGAGAAGAGCGGCAUUUGGAGGGCCCUGAAGCCCAUGGAGGUCCCACGGUACCAGCAUGGCGUGGCUCUGCUUGGAGGUUUCCUCUUUAUUGUUGGAGGUCAGAGCAACUGCACUACACACUCUUCAGGAAGUUCAAACUGCAUGUGUUGA